GUCGAUCAUACGCACGCAGCAGACAUGGAUGUCGAUAAAGCCGCUAUCAUCGGUGCCGCCGACUAGACGUAGACGCACCACCAUGUCCGAAACAACGCCGUGUCCAUCGUACCAACGUACGACUUCCAACGAAAAACGUCACCACAAAUGUCUCUGGAGUACUUAGGCGCUCCGAUAUAAACACACCGCCCCCGACCAGUGAAUUGCAAAGUCGAAAAACCCAGCCUGGCCCAUGGAAGCGACCUCAGGCCAAUCGCCGCACUGUGACUACUGCGGCACCACCGCCUGGCUGUUCCUCAGCAUCGUCUCAGCAGCCGGCACCAUACUAGGCAACGUGCUCACCGUCUCCGCGAUCUUGCUCAGCAAAAAACUGUCGUCCGUCGUAGCCAACUACUUCGUAUUCAGUUUGGCAGUGAGCGACCUGAUGGUGGGCUGCUCCAUUCCCUACCACAUGCUGUUCUACCUGCUGGACGACUUCGGGCGGUCCAGGAUGAAGUGCCUGCUGCGAUUCGUCUUCACCUCUUUCGCCUGCUCGAGCUCCAUCUGCAAUCUGCUGUUCAUCGCCAUGGACAGGUACAUAGCGAUAGUGUAUCCCUUGCACUACACCAGGUACAUGACGAAGAAAGCGGCGUUUUUCCUGAUAGCUUUGGGUUGGCUGAUCUCCUUCUCCACGGCAUCGAUUCCGGUUUUUUGGAACGAAUGGCACGAGGGUGUCACUUGCGAGCUGGUGAACGUUUAUCCCAGUAACUAUAUAAAGAUGAUAGUGGUGCCUAUGUUCGUGUUGAUUUGGGUGACCAUGUUGCUCUUGUAUUCGAGGAUAUGCAAGGAGGCUUCGGGUCAACAGAGGAGGAUUAUGGGCUCUGCUACUGUCAAUCCGCAUUCGAGGUCUUUCAGGGACUCCAAGUCUUUUCAGAUGAUGAUGAUCAUACUGGGAUGCUUCACCAUAUGCUGGCUGCCGUACUUCGUGAUAACGAUACAGGAGCGGUCGAUGAGAAACCUGGAAUCGGCCACGCUUUACGAGAUCUUCUUCAACCUGGCCAUGGCCAACUCGUGCAUGAACCCGCUGAUAUACGCGUGGAAGAACGCCAACUUCCGCAAGGCGUUCUGCAGCCUGGUGAGGUGUCGCACGCCUGACAGCCAACCGUUUAUCACCAAUCACGUGCCCAGCAAGAGCAACUCGCUGAACGGAGUGUUCAAUUUGACGUGCCAAAGGGACACGUCGAGGACAGACUUGGAAGUUUCGGUCGGUGGGGACGAAGUGGACGAAUCUAAGUGCGUGGAUUCGGGAGUGAACGGCCUUUGAUAUGAAUACCUCGGAACCAGUAUCAAGACUAUUCUCAAGAACCGUUCAAAUGACUCGUGAUAAUAUAUCUUUAAAUCUUAAUUUUUUAUAUUUAUUAUGUAUAGUCCUAUGAAUAGAAAAAUGAAACAC